GGCGAGUUUUAGUUACUUAAACUCCUGCAGCAGGACAUCUACCCCUGAUUCAAAUGCACGGGGAUAUCGGACGACGUAGCAUUGCAGCCUUCUUCCUCUCUCAAACCCUUCAUCGCCAACACCGUCGAUGUUGAGGUACCGACCGUCCUCCAAUACGGAGGCCUUUCGCGGCAAGCGGGCGGAGGAGAGUGCAUCGCGUCAAGAGAAAGCUGAGGCAUGGCAUACAUGAUGCCUACCUAUCCGUACAGGAUUCACGUCAACGGGCAUGCAUCACCAGCUGGCCGCCCACGGGCGAAGCAACAACGGCAAAGCAGGUGCGGGAGGGAAAGGAGAACCACACACACCGACACAUUACUACGCAUACACGCGCACAUCCCACCAUCGCUCUGUGCCUCAGCGGCCCGUUUGCUAUUUCCGUCCCUUCCUUGUUUCCCUCCAACCCUCCCUCGCGUGCCGUGUAUCGAAGCUCUUCCCGCUAUCUUUAUCCAAAAGCAGAGGCGCGGCCGCGGCCGGAACUGCAACGUUGUGGAGGGGGAGAGGGGAGGGGGGCAACCAAAUCCCGGUCGCCAAGUCGCGGACGAUCAGGUUGCAGCACAAGCGAAGGGCGAGGGUCGAAAAACGUGCAGGAAGACACCUCAUCUGCCACGAGGAAGAGUGCGAGGCUUGGGGACGGGGGCUACUGCACACCGAGCCUGGCUUAAGAGAAUCGAGAGCUACUCCGUACAACGGCGCGACAACAACAGAUGGGCUUGCUUGGCAGCUCCCACAUCCCAAUUCGGAGCUAGGUGUGCGCCCCUUCGCCCCUCCUGGUCCCUCUUGAGGCGGCCUUGGGCGGCCGUCUUUGGCGGCCAUAUUCAUGCAUCUCGUUUGCCCAUGUAAGAGUACUUUGCAAUGGAAGUAAGGCAAACACCGUGAUCGCCGCCAGCUAUUUCGGAGGGAGUCGUCUCUUGUGCAUCCCUCCGGCCGUAUCUCUU